ACUAUACUUGAGAGAUCAACCCUAAAAAUACAAAGUUCCUUUUUUUCCUAAUUCUGUGUCUGAUCGUUGAGUUACCAAUUCGUGGGUUUGAUAUGUUUCUUGGCUUUGUUUAUCUACAAAGAGAUUUGAUCAUUUUACAGUAGAAUAUUAGUGAGAUUAACCCUAAAAUUACACCCCAAGUUUUGUAAUCAAAGUUUUUUCCCUUCAAAGUUACAAUCUCUUUUAGUUCUUGAGGGACCUAAUCAAUUAUGAUCUGUUAAUUUCUUGGCUAUUCUUGAUCUUCAAAAAGAUUUGAUCAUAAAGCUUUAUUAGCCUCGCUCUCUCUAGAGAUCUAGAUCGAUUAUCUCACACUCUUCUUUUUAAUGUUUUAUUCAUCUGGUGACAUUGCAGAAUCAAUGGAGGAAGGUGGGAGUAGUCACGACCCAGAGAGUAACAAGAAGCUAGUGAGAGGGAAGAUAGAAAUAAAGAGGAUAGAGAACACGACAAGUCGUCAAGUAACUUUCUGCAAACGACGCAAUGGUCUUCUCAAGAAAGCUUAUGAGCUCUCUGUCUUGUGUGAUGCGGAAGUUGCACUUGUUGUCUUCUCCACUCGUGGCCGUCUCUAUGAGUACGCUAACAACAGUGUGAAGGGUACAAUUGAAAGGUACAAGAAAGCUUGUUCUGAUGCCGUCAACCCUCCUACCGUCACCGAAGCUAAUACUCAGUAUUAUCAGCAAGAAGCCUCUAAGCUUCGGAGGCAGAUUCGGGACAUUCAAAAUUCUAACAGGCAUAUUGUUGGAGAAUCACUUGGUUCCUUGAACUUCAAGGAACUCAAAAACCUAGAAGGAAGGCUUGAAAAAGGAAUAAGCCGCGUCAGAUCCAAGAAGAAUGAGCUGUUAGUGGCAGAGAUGGAGUAUAUGCACAAGAGGGAAAUGGAGUUGCAACACGAUAACAUGUACCUGCGAGCAAAGAUAGCACACUGCGGUAGGCUGGAUCCGGAACAGCAGGAAUCGAGUGUGAUACAAGGAACUGCGGUUUAUGAAUCUGGUCUGUCUUCUUCUCAUGACCAGUUGCAGAAUUAUAACCGGAGCUAUAUUCCGGUGAACCUUCUUGAACCAAAUCAACAAUUCUCCGGUCAAGACCAACCUCCUCUUCAACUUGUUUAAGGUUAAACACGAUGACAACUUGUUUCUUCCACUCAAAACCGUUUCGAGAGAAAGAGAGCAAGAGUAUAUUAUAUGUAUUAAUGUAUGCAACUUCUUACUUAUGCAUAGUUUAGGCUCCAAUGAUAAUAAAACACAACUCUUGUUUUUAUUGCCUAUUAUCUAUCUUUCAGUU